CAAGAGUUGCAUCUCCGCGCGAUCCACCAGCGCAACGUCAUGGGUGGUGCACAUUUGCCGUUUGAGCUCUUCGUGCGAACACCCUCGGAGAUUGUUCUGCAGUUGGAGGUGAAGCCCAGUGAUACAAUUGAAGAGGUGAAGGCACGCUUAGCAACUUUAGAGGGGACGCCAGCAGAACGACAACGCUUGAUGCGCCAUGGUGCUCCACUCCCAGACCAACGAAGCCUGGAGGCUUGUGGAGUGGCAGCUGGACAGGUGCUACUGCUGGUGCCACGCAUCGGGGAGCUGGGCCAGCGGAACUUUGCGGCGGUACGGCUCCCGGAUCCAAAGCCACUGGCUUCGGGAAUCCCGAGACCUCGCGUGCCGUUGGUCUGUACUGACAUUGCUCGGCCGUUUCCCAUGAGUUUGGAGUUCCUCAGCAUUGCGGAGUACCAAUCCUUCAUGCUCUCACUUCAACGACAGGUGGGACGAAAGUCACUCACUUCCAGCAUUGCAGAGGUCUCCGAGAUCGACGAGAGGGCGCCGUAUUUGGAGAUUUUGUCACCAGACAAAAUGCGACCGCCAGUGCAGACCCGAGUGACCUUCGAUGAAGAGACGGAGGUUCUCCUGAUUGACACUGUGGGAGACAUCUUGGUGGACAAUGCCCGUUAUCGUGUGCUGCUGCAUCUCAAAGAGGAGCAGAAGCUGGCCCAACUGGUCACCGGGGUCCGACCGCACCAGUGAAGCAGAGAGGAUCAGUUUCACCGUAGAUGGCAAUAGGCCACAUGGGAUCCUCCAUCGUUGGGGUUUGGUUUUAGCAAAUUUGAAACCGGAAAUUUUGGAAAAA